UAAAAAAGAGUGCAUAAUUUUGAAAUGAACACAAAGUUAACAAACAACUGACCAAGUGCAUGAAGUGUAAAAAAUCAAAUCGGAAAUUAAUGAGAAUUUCGUGAAAAGGACCUGCGUUAUAAACCAAAGAAAAGACCAGUUACCUCAAUCAUAAGUGUGCAAGUGCAAUGCUCUAGAGUGACCCUAUCCAAGAAAAACGAGCCACAAAAGAGCACCCCAGUUCGUUACCUCCCAAAAAAAUUCACAAAAGCAUCAAAAUUUUACCCUCAUUCGCACAAUUAAAAAUGCUCAACAUGGAAUCGCCCCAGAUGUACGACGCCGUGCAGACGCUGGCGCAGCUUGAUCUGAAGAAGCAGCCGACGCCCCAGCAGGCGACCAUUGGUCAGAUCACCCUGACGGCGAUGUCCAGUGCGCAGCAGCAGCAGCAGCACCAACAGCAGCAGCAGCAGCAGCCCGGAACGGAUGCCAACAACAAUGCGCAGGACACGGCGCUGCUCGUCAAGCAGCACGCGAUGCAUCAGAUGCAGCAUGCGGCCGCCGCCCUCAACAACAACAACAACGUGUCGGCGUUGAAUGCUAACAACCUGCUGCAGAAGCAGCAGCAGAUGCUGCAGCAGUACAGCACCCAGACAGAUCUCGAUGAGCUAACCACUCAAGAGAUCACACUGGACCUACAGCACCUCAUCGACGAUCAGUUCCGGGAUCCCGAAACCCUCGGCAUCUUCAGCGACAUGGUGACUAGUCCAGGAGGACUGUCCGCCACUCUGCCUCCCAACGGCAUGGUCAGCCAAGUGGCCGCCAAGGUACUGCAGCAGCAGACGCUGGCAGCGCGGAGUCAGCAGAAUGGCUAUGGACGCGGCACCCUCGCGUACAUGCCCCAAGCUGUCCACUCGAACGCCACCUACAACAAUUCAAGCGACGAGAACAGCUCCGUGGGCUCUGACUCCAGCACCAUCAAAGAGGAACCCAUCGAUCCAGAAUACCGCCGGCAUCUGCAGGAGACCAGUCAGGCAACCAAUGCUGUCGCCGCCGCGGCCUUCAUGAGCAACGGCAACGGCCUCUACAAUGCCUACCAGAGCAACGGAAUGUCGAACGGCAACAACAACAGCGGCAACAACAGCAACAACUCUAUGAACGGCGGUGGCCAAGUCAAUGGCAAUUCGAAUGGCAACAGCAAUCAGUUCACCCAGCUGACCACAGCCAAUGUACUGGCCCACCACAAUCUGCCCCAUCUGGCGGCCCAAUCCGCAGCCCACAAUCUGCUCAAGCACCACAGCAAGCUGCAGCAGCAGCAGCGCAAGCACAGCGUCAAGCAUGUGGACAAGGGCACCGAGGAGUACCGGAGGCGUAGGGAGCGCAACAACAUUGCGGUGCGCAAGAGUCGCGAGAAGGCCAAGGUGCGCUCCCGGGAGGUUGAGGAGCGAGUCAAGUCCUUGCUGAAGGAGAAGGACACUCUGCUGCGUCAACUUCAGGAGAUGACCAACGAGUUGCAGCUUCACAAGCAGAUCUACAUGCAGCUCAUGAACCACACAAAUCCCGAAGUGAGUCGCGUCUGCCGCAGUUUCCUCAACACCAACGAGCAUGCGCUGUAGCCGAUUCGGGAGCGCUGUCAUAGCCAGGCGUAGCCAAACGGGGCCACCCACCGCUCCGAAUGUGCGAGUGAGUGUGAGUCUGAGAGAAUGAGUGUGUGUGUGUGUGUGUGUGAGUGUGCAUGAGUAGCUAUGUGUAUAAGUGUGAGUGGGAAUGGGGGAGCGGGUGGCCCCGCUGCUGUCUUCAGUAUCAAAGAUUCAAAUGCUGUGUGGGUAGUUCGUAAGAUCAUGUUUCUCUUCUGGCCGCGUCGCUCGCUCUAUCAUCGAAUCGCAGGCAUUCCUCAUCCACCCCAUCCUUGUACAUUUAUUCUCUGUUUCUUGUUAUCACUUCUUACCAUUUUUUGUACUUAAUUUUUAGUAGUUGUAAUAUAUAUACAUACAUACAUACAUACAUAUACAUACUAUAUAUGCAUAUACCCGUAUCUACAUCUAUCUAUAUUGUACGCUAUUCACUACAUGCAUAAGUUAAGCCAAAGAAAAUGUUGUAAAAUUAUUAUAAAAAACUAUCGAGAUAUUUAUGAACGCACAGUACGUGUAUGAGGAAAGCAAGAAAGAAAACAUAAAAUACAUUGCAAGACAAAUCAAAUAAAAACAAUAACACGAACAACAGCAACAGCAACAUCAACACUUCUUACAUGUAUAGUAUAGCACAUACACGUACACACACUUGUCCCGUGUGUGUGUGUGAUUCAAAAAUUGUAUAAAGUAUUUUCUAAACUGCGUAUUGUGUUUUGUCGCUUUGCCCCGCUUUAUCUGCCCGCAACCAAACAGACAACAAAACCGUUUUUAUAUACUAUUAGCGAAUUUUAUUUAUAAGUUUGUUAUGGCAAUGACAUAAGCAACAACCAAUUUUUAUUAAGCAUUAAUUAGCCGCUGCUUACACGCACACAAAACUACAAUAAAAAAAUAACAAAAAAAAAACAUGUCA